UGUUUUGUCUGACGCCGAACUCAACUGGCCGGCCUACUGCACACGUGCAAAGAUCAACGUGACGGCUUACGUGAGGGAUCUGGAGAGAGCCAAGCAGGACCAGGCUGGGAUACCUGACAGACACAAUCUGACGGCGGCUAAGGCAGACCUGGAGAAGGUGCUGGUCGUCAGGCCCUGCCUACGCACAUACCUGGAGAUGGGACAGUUGAGAGGAGUAGAGGGCUGAGUCAUGAUGGCUAGUGGAAGUAGUAUACUGUCGGUGUAUUACUACAUGGGCGUGGAUGCCGUCCAGGAGAGUCUGCUGGUGGACGAGGGGGCUUUGAACAACGCCCUGGUGAGUCUCUCUCAGGCCCUGGAGUGCGACCUGGGCGACAGCCUGCCCGACCUCCACCUCCUCAGGGGGCGCUGCCUCCUCCUGAAGGGCGAGGAGCAGAACGCAGCCGACUGCUUCAAGAGGGCCCUCGAGCUGGAGCGUCCGGGCAGUGGGGACACGUCUGCUCUGCGCUGUCUCCUGGAGGCCCUCCUGGCCCUGUUUGCCCAGAGCGGCCCCGACCCCGGCCCCGCCAUCAGCCAGCUGGAGGUGUGGGUGCGGCGAGCCGAGGAGAGGUACGCGGAGGACGCGGUGGAGGCCGAGCUGAGGUAUCUCUGUCGGACGCACACGGCCGAGGUCACAGAACUCUCCAGGGCUCUCAUCAGGGUAGGGAGGCUUGACCUUGUGAAAAGGCUGCUCAAUACUGUGCAGCCCAACCGCACUGCCAGUAAGAAAGUACUGGCAAGGUCUAUGUCUAUUUGAAGAGGGAUUCGAUCUUUCACCAAGAAUGGAAAAUAAUCAGUUUCUCCUCCGAUGAAUUGCAAUAAAUAUGUUGGCCAUUACAAUGUUCCCUAGGAGUUUUUUCAUUUUCUAUAAAAGAAAAGAAAUU